AGCAGAGAGAGACCAGUCAGAUAUUGUUCUGUUCGUAGACCAGUCCGAUAUUGUUCUGCUCAUAGACCAUGGCUAUUCAUUCAGUACUGUGUUUUCUGGUCUUUGCUGCACUUCAAGCAAGUUCACAAAGCCUACGGUGGAAAUUUAUUACUGUGCUCGAGGGAAAUUCAGCAGUUCUCAAUUGUACAAUGAAAAAAAGUGAAGGAUCAUAUAUUGAAUGGAAAAAUCCAAAGCAACAAAUUCUAUACUUUAACAAAAAGAAAGCGCUAAGGGAUCACAGAUUCAAAUUAGUUCAUUACUCAACCUCACAGUUAAUUGUCACACUUCGCAAUACCAGAGUGGAUGAUGACGGCAUCUAUAGCUGCUUAUAUUAUGCUCAUAAAAUAAUAAAGAAGCAAGUGCACCUCACUGUUUUAGCACCACCUUCAACCCCUAUGUUGAGUGUUACCAAACAUUCAUUGAAAGAGAAGGUGGUCCGUUGUAUCACCAAAGGAAGCAAGCCAAAGCCUCACGUAACCUGGCUCCUGAACAACAGAGUGGAGUUACUUGGGCGCACAAAAUAUAAACAAGAAAAUAAUGGUGCAAAGUAUACAACAAUCAGUAUAUUGAAAAUCAAACGACAUAACAAGAAUUCCAGAAUUGACUGUUUGGUUCGACAUGAAGCAUUAAUGAACAGAACUCUUAGAGCAACCUACAGAUUUGAUAACAAUUACAAUUUAUUUGGACCAACUGAAUCAUACGCACAAACAACUGCAAGUGAUGUGGCUACAACCAGUCCAGAACCAACAUUGGACAGUGAGCAACCUGACCUAGACAAGGAGGACUUUUACACCCGAGAAACUCCAAAAACUAAAUUGGAAAAUGACACAACAUUGAAUGCAAGCUCUACACCUAUUAUGGAGUUACCAAUCACAGAAAUUCAAAAAAGCACCAAGACAAAAGCAGGUUCAUUCAUCGGAUAUGGUAGCACUCCACUCAAUUCAAAUGAAAACAGCACAGAGAGAAAUGAACGGACUACAUUCAAUUCUACCGUUACCUGGAAUAAAGCAAAUACCUCAUCCAUUGACAGUGAAAAAACAUUGACAAUAAAAUGUCAAAGCAAUUUAACCAUAGAAAAUAACGGAAAAUAUGAGAAACAACAAAUGAAGAAGAAUGGAGCCCUAUUACUGAUUCUAGUAUCUUUCCUGAUUUGUGCUUUGUUCAUCAUCUUCCAAUUAUUCGUGCUAAAAUUAUGGAAACAGCAUUUAAAGUGGAAAAAGCAAAAAGAUGAAUUUGAUAUCACAGGGGAAAGUAACAAAUCAAAUAAGUCAAGUAACGAAGAAAAUGUUCGAGCAGAAAAUGAUAACCAAGAUUCUAAUCUUCAAACGCAAUACAUAGUCCAUACAAAUUCAGAGGAACGAGUAAAACAGUAUUGUAAUGAUAUACCUGAAGAUCAAACACAAGAGAGUACAGUUUAAUUCAUUUUGUUGUCAGGCAAAUCAAUCGAUUUUUUGUUGUUUUUUUAAAAAUCUUUGUUACUUAUUUCAACAUAUAUUUUGAGGACAAGUUUGUAUAUAAAAAAACUGAAUCAAUUAACUGAAUGUGAAUUAGAAAUAUAUCUUUAAAAUGUUUGUUCCAAACUGUGAAAUGUAUGUUUAAAAGAUUUUUGUAUAUGAAUUGCACAUAUUUAUUGCU